AUAAGAACAAAGGGCACAGGAAAUCUUAACAUAGUCAGCAGGGUGGGGAUUUCCAGUUUAGCUCCUUAUAUAAACUGCAUUUGAGAUCCCUUUCUGUCUCCUGAUUCUGCUCCUUUGUUCGCAGAAAUGGCUUCCUGCCUCUGUGUGGUCCAUUCUGAGCAAUGGAAUUCAAUGACUUUCAGUGCCAACUUGGAAGACAGAGUGAAGAAGAUCAAUGAACAUGUCCGGUCUAAGACCAAGAUUCCCGUGCAGGAGCAGGUCCUCCAGCUGGGCUCGAAGACCCUAAAGCCCCAGAGAACCCUGUCAUCUUAUGGUAUCGACAAGGAGACGACAAUCCACCUCACCCUGAAGGUGGUGAAGCCCAGUGAUGAGGAGCUGCCAUUGGUUUUGGUGGAGUCAGGUGCUGAGGGGCAGAGGCACCUCCUCCAGGUGCGGAGGUCCAGCUCAGUGGCCCAGGUGAAGGAGAUGAUUAAGGCGAAGACCGCUAUAAUUCCUAAGAAGCAGAUUGUGACUUGCAAUGGAAAAAGAUUGGAAGAUGGGAAGAUCCUGGGAGAUUAUGGCAUCAGAAAGGGCAAUAUACUCUUUCUGACACCUCACUGCAUUGGCGGGUGACAGCAAUAAAAAAAAUGGCCUUA